CACAAAUUAAGCCCGCGCCCUUGCAAAGUAUUAGCUUGGAAAUCGCUUGCAUGCACACGAAUAUUUCGGGCGCCUCCGCCUCCUCGCUCAAUCUGUUACACGUCUCCUCGAACUCUCCAGAUGGAUCAUUCAUCACACAUCUGCGAUAUUGACGCCGAGCCUCUCCACCGCUACGGCAAGGGCGGUUAUCACCCAGUUCACAUAGGAGACUCCUUGAACGAUGGCAGAUACAAGGUCCUGCACAAGUUGGGCUGGGGGAGCUACUCGACUGUCUGGGCUGCACGAGAUCAGAGAGCACGUACGUAUGUUGCUGUAAAGAUCUCGAUCUCGGGCCAAGAACGUUCAAAUCGAGAGUUCACAGUCUUACGUGCCCUUGCAGCGGCCCACUUUGACCACCCUGGCGGUCAACAUGUAAUGACGAUGCAAGAUCACUUUCAACUCAACGGUCCAAACGGUACUCACGAUUGCUUUGUAUUAGAGUUGCUAGGCCCAAGUGUUGCUGAUUAUCUUGAUGCGCAUUUCGACAAUGAAAGACUUCCCGGAAAACUUGCAAGAAAGAUUGCAAAACAGACUCUCCUCGGUUUAUCCUACAUACAUGAACAGGGGAUCGGACACGCAGAUCUGCAUACCCGGAACCUAGCCUUCACUGUUCCUUCAAUACAUGCUUUACAAGAAGAAGAUCUGUUCCAAAAGCUGGGCAAACCCGUGACAGGGUUUGUCCAAAGAACCGAUCGAAAGCCACUGGAGCCUAGCAUGCCCCGCUAUCUUGUUAAGCCUUCCUCUUAUUCAACGAAUUACAACUUUUCGCUCGAUGCAGUCAAAAUUGUCGACUUCGGUCAAUCUUUUUGGAGCGCCGAUCCUCCAAAGACAUUUCACACUCCACUUCCGCUCCGGGCUCCCGAGAUCAUAUUCAGGGAUAGAGUAGAUUGGCGCGUUGACUUAUGGAGUAUGGGCUGUAUGUUAUUUGAGCUCGUUGUCGGCCAACCGCUAUUUGACAGCGUCAUGACCACCCCCACAAUCCUUGUCCGCCAAAUGCUAGAGAUGGCUAGUGAUGAGCUGCCGGAGCGUUGGCAAGCAAAGUGGCGCGUCAUGGAGGCAGCGUCACCGGGCGAGGAGUCCGUCUAUUCGCUCCAAGCCUGGUUAGAGGAAAUGUACUUUGACGGGGAGAGGAGCGAAGACCUGAGCAGAGAAGAUAUUCUUCGGGUGGGCGCGCUUAUCCGAAGUAUGUUGCGGUUUGAGCCUUGUGCCAGGGCGUCAUCAAAGGACAUCCUCCAAGACUCUUGGUUUCAUGAAGACUGACACAUCCAUGAUUGGGAGGGGAAGACCUCGCCUAAUGCACGACUUUGGUACCGGCCAGGUGAACUGUAAGUGAAGUCUCUAGAAGAGAGGAACUGGAUGCACCGCAGACGCCUGUGACGACCUUGUUAAUUGCAGCUCUGCUUGC